CCCAUUUGACAAAGCUUGGUCUGGGCCCCCAUCAGCGACGCAGAUAAGGGCCCUCGGCCCCGGCUGUGAGGCAGCUGGGCGAGUGGCAAACACUCCACGGUCCCCGGGCAGGCCGAGGCUCCCCCCGUGGGGCCCUGGUUGCCGGGCGCUAAAGCAAACGGGCUCUAUUUGCCCAGUCUGCGAUGACAAUGCAGUCACCAAAUAUUUGCCAGCCUGGCCAGCCUCGGCGUUGGGCUAUAAAUGCUUGAGCCCAGGUGGAGGCGGGCCCGCCCAGCGGGAGUUGCAGCCUCGGCAGCCACGCCUGCCGCCCCAGAGGCCCCGGCCACUCGGGACUUGGAGGAGAUGGCCGCGGGCGUGAUCCGGCCUCUCUCUGACUUCCGGCUGCCUCUGGCGUCCCACGGGCCCUUCCUGCCCUCAGACCCUGUGCCUCCAGACACGUCGGAGGAGGACGACGAGGGGGAGGAGGAGGAGGACGAGGAGCUGGAGGCCGAGGGGCCAGAGGGCCACAGCCCGGCCUCCCGGAGCUCAGGAUGGGCCACAGCCGCCCCAGAAGCAGCCCCGCUGGACCCCAGCAGCACGGAGAUGCCGCUGCAGCUGCUGCGGUUCUCCGAGCUCAUCAGUGGCGACAUCCAGCGGUACUUCGGUCGCAAGGGCUGGGGGCAGGACCCAGAUGGCUGUGACAUCUACGCUGACGGCCACCCGGCCAACAGCUCGGCCAGGGAGCUCUCCUGCGCCGACCCAGUGCACACGGCCCAGGGCGAGCCCCCAGACCACAAUGAGGCCACCGAGCCUGGGGUCUGCUCGCCUGGGGGCCCCAAGGGGCAGGUGUGCAGGCCGGGCCUCAGCAGGAGCAGGGCACAGCCGCUGGGGCCCCUGGCGGAGCUCUUCGACUACGGGCUGCGGCAGUACUCGGGGCCCCGGGUGGUGGCGGGCCGCCGACUAAGCCUGGAGCGGAAGUACGGCCACAUCACCCCCAUGACCCAGAGGAAGCUGCCCCCCUCCUUCUGGAAGGAGCCGGUGCCCAGCCCCCUGGGCCUGCUGCACCCCGGCACACCUGACUUCAGCGACCUGCUGGCUAGCUGGUCGGCAGAGGCCGGCCCCGAGCUGCCGGGCGGGGGGACCCAGGCCCUGGAUGGGGUGCAGCUGGCUGAGGCCUAGCGGCCCAGCGAGGGUCAGGGGGGUGAACAGAGGG